UCCAGCAGCAUGUGGAAGAUCUGGAGGACGACGUGGCCGGGGUUGUCCUCCCGAAUCUGGUCGAGGCGGCUCCUCUCCAGCCCCAGGUCGAGGCGGGGGACGUGGCGGAGGAGAUCGGCCACCACGUGCAGGGCCCGGCCGGGGAAGCGCUGCAGGAGGAGGUCGCCGAGGUCGGGGCGCGUGGCGGGGUGCAGCAGCCCCGCGGGCACCCGCUCGGCCAGCAGGGGGCGCUCUCGCGCCUCGCCCAUCCCUGGGUCAUGUGACCUCCGCCCACCCUCGGCUGGCUCCGCCCCGAUCCUCCCUUCCGGCCUUCGAUUGGCGGAAGGAGCCGUCAGUCGGGGCGCGUCGUGCGGCGAUUGGGCGAGCGGGGCGGCGGGGCGGGAGGAGGAGGAGGAGGAAGGAGCGCGGGGCCCCGGAUGUGAGUGAGGGCGGCGGGGCCGGAGCCGGGAGCGGCGCAGCGCGGAGCCCAUGGAGGGGGCGGGCGGGGCCGGGCCGGUUUCCCCUCGCCAUGGAUGACCUGAACCUGCACUACAGGUUCCUCAACUGGCGCCGGCGCAUCCGCGAGAUCCGCGAGGUCCGGGCCGUGCGGUACCAGGAGCGCGCCAAGCACAUCCUGGUGGACGGCGACACCCUCAGUUAUCACGGCAACUCCGGCGAGGUCGGCUGCUACGUGGCCCCGCGGCCGCUCACCAGGGACAACAACUACUUCGAGGUGUCCAUCGUGGACAGCGGGGUUCGGGGCACCAUCGCCGUGGGCCUCGUGCCGCAGUACUACAGCCUGGACCACCAGCCCGGCUGGCUGCCCGACUCCGUGGCGUACCAUGCCGAUGACGGGAAGCUGUACAGCGGCCGCGCCAAGGGCCGGCAGUUCGGCACCAAGUGCAGCUCGGGCGAUCGCAUCGGCUGCGGCAUCGAGCUGGUCUCCUUCGAGGUGCAGACGGCGCAGAUCUUCUUCACCAAAAACGGGAAGAGGGUGGGCUCCACCGUCAUGCCGCUGUCCCCCGAGGGGCUCUUCCCGGCGGUGGGGAUGCACUCGCUGGGGGAGGAGGUGCGGCUGCACCUGCACGCCGAGCUGGCCACCGAGGAGGACGACAGCGCCAUGAUGGUCGACAGCUACGAGGAGGAGUGGGGGCGGCUCCACGACGUCAAGGUCUGCGGCACGCUGCUGGAGUACGUGGGGAAGGGGAAGAGCAUCGUGGACGUGGGGCUGGCGCAGGCCCGCCGCCCCCUCAGCACCCGCAGCCACUACUUCGAGGUGGAGAUCGUCGACCCGGGGGAGAAGUGCUACAUCGCCCUGGGGCUGGCCCGCAAGGAUUACCCGAAAAACCGGCAUCCCGGCUGGAGCAGGGGCUCGGUGGCCUAUCAUGCGGACGACGGGAAGCUCUUCCAGGGCAGCGGGGUGGGGGACCCCUUCGGCCCCCGCUGCUACAAGGGCGACAUCAUGGGCUGCGGCAUCAUGUUCCCCCGCGACUACAUCCUCGACAGCGAAGGGGACAGCGACGACACGUGCGACACGGCCGAGGUGAGACCCAGGCCCGUCCGCAACGUGAUGUACCUGCACCAGGAGGAGGAGGAGGAGGAGGAGGAGGAGGAGGAAGACGACGGCGAGGAGAUGGAGCAGGAGCACGAGGGCAAGAAGGUGGUGGUGUUCUUCACCCGCAACGGGAAGAUCAUCGGGAAGAAGGAGGCGGUGGUCCCGCCCGGGGGGUACUUCCCCACCGUCGGCAUGCUCAGCAGCGGCGAGAAGGUCAAGGUCGACCUGCACCCCCUCAGCGGUUAGGGGGGGCUCGGGGGGGGCCCCCCACCCCUCUGCACUUUACAGACCCCCCCGGCAGCGGGAGCCCCCCCCCGCCAGUGGGAUUCCCCCCCGGCAGUGGGAGCCCCCCCUUCUGUGUUAUUAGGGGGUCCCAAGCCUGCCCUCACCACCCAGGGGGGGACCCCCAACACCCCUCUGCCCCCCCCCGUGUGUGUGUAAGGGGGGUGCCCUGAGGGGGGGGGGCGCAGAGUUAGGGCACACCCCACUUCCCCCCCCCCAUCCAUACUGUACCCCCCCCCCGUGAAUGUAACACCCCCCUUGCCCAUCCCAAACCCCCCCACCCAUCCCGGGGUUGGGGGGAGGGGUGCACCCCCUCCCCCGGGGGGGCGUUGGGGGGGUGUGGGGGGUGGGUUUUGGGGUUCCCCCCCCCCCCCAAAAGCCGAGCCGCCGCGGAAAGAAGGACCCGGGAGCUGCUCUGGGUUCCUGCGUUGGCAUUUGCACAUGGGCGGGGGGGCCCCGCGCCCCCCCUAUAGAAUAUAUAUCUAUAAAAAUCCUUUCUUAAACAAAAA